ACGACGUCACUGAGCGGCUGAUCUCAUGCGCGGUGUUCCUUAUAUGGAAGAAGAAGACGACGACGGAGAAGAGGCUUCCUCGAUCGAUAGCUCAAAUGAACUGAUAUACGCUUAGCGUAUGAGUAUUACGUAUAUGUACGCGGAUAGAAUUUCUCGAGGGAGGGGACUGGAAUGGGGAAGGGAAAGUUCACGUUACGCAGGAGGAAGAAGGGAACGGCGACGGUGAUCGAAAAUGGCGGCGCGAAUUUGAUCGCGUCUAGUGCAGCGGCGAGCAAGCCGGUGAAGAAGAAGGCGGGCGGGACCAGGCUGUGGAUGAGGUUCGACAGGGCCGGACAAUCGGAGCUGAUUGAGUGCGAUAAGGGCGCUAUCAUCAAGCGCGCAUCUGUUCCUGCUAGGGACUUGAGGAUCCUCGGCCCUAUAUUUUCUCACUCCUCAAACAUUCUCGCUAGGGAGAAGGCCAUAGUUAUUAAUUUGGAGUUCAUAAAAGCUAUAGUUACAGCCGAAGAGGUUUUGUUGCUUGAUCCUCUAUGUCAGGAGGUUCUUCCAUUUGUUGCUCAACUGAGGCAACAACUCCCUCUGAGCAAUCAUUCCCUGACUGCUGAAGCUAGUGUUGUACAACAUGAUGACUUCCAAUUUCCAGUGCUGGAAGCUGUCGAAGGAUUGCAGGCUGAGCUCCCAUUUGAGUUUCAUGUUCUGGAGAUUGCUUUAGAGAUUGUUUGCACAUAUUUGGAUUCUAGCGUGGUGGAACUUGAGAGAGAUGCUUACCCUGUUCUGGAUGAACUGGCCAAGAGUGUUAGCACGAGGAAUCUUGAGCACGUGAGGACUUUAAAAAGUAAUCUUACCCGAUUACUUGCACGUGUACAAAAGGUGAGAGAUGAAAUUGAACACCUUUUAGAUGACAAUGAAGACAUGGCCCAGUUAUACUUGACUAGAAAAUGGAUUCAGAAUCAGCAAUCUGAUGCUGUACUGUCAGGGACUACCGGUUCGAAUAGCAUUGUUCCCAUUGUGCCUAAUCUUCGAAGGGUUAGUUCCACCCGAAGUGGAAGUUUCAGAAGCAACUUAAAUGACCAUGAUGUGGAGGAUCUAGAAAUGUUGCUGGAGGCUUACUUCGUGCAGUUGGAUGGCACACGUAAUAAGAUAUUGUCUGUGCGUGAGUACAUAGAUGAUACAGAAGAUUAUGUCAACAUCCAGCUGGACAACCAGCGUAACGAACUUAUUCAGCUGCAAUUGACAUUGACCAUUGCAUCAUUUGCCAUAGCUGUAGAAACCUUGAUAGCAGGAUGGUUUGGUAUGAACAUCCAUUGCACCCUAUACGACAGCCAUGGCGUAUUUUGGCCCUUUGUUGCUGGGAUCACCGUAGGCUGUACAAUUGUCUUCUUUGUUAUCCUAGGAUAUGCUAGGUGGAAGAAGCUGCUAUCAUGAUUCUUCAACUCCUCUUCUUCACAUACACAGGUACUAAAUUCUCAGCCGGUUAACAGGCAAAUUUCUUGGAUUAUUACUUAAUUACAUCCAUUUGCCUUUGUCAACCAAUAACCCUUUUCAUUUUCUUGUAAUUUUUCUGAAUUGUGUUUGGCAAACAAAUGUCCCAUUUGAACACUA